AUGUGGAUGAACUAUGCCGGAGACGACACCGAUAACGACUUCCCCGUCAUUGUGGGCGGAGGAGGUAUGCCAGGCGACUAUCCCUCAGGUGGAGCCGUGAGCAACGUCAUGGAUAUUUGGAUGCAAUUUGCACCCAACCUGGAUUUUCUCGGCCCCGAUAUUUACCUCAACGACUACGACAAGUCAUGUGCCAAGUAUAGGCAUAGAAACCAGCCUCUCUUCGUGCCGGAACAGCGACGGGAUGAUUAUGGCGCUCGGCGCAUGUGGAUUGCCUAUGGAUCCUAUGCAGCGAUGGGCGUAGCUCCCUUUGGAGUCGAUACGGUGGAACCCGCUGAAAAUCCGUUCACAAAGCAUUACGGACUUCUCAAGUCAGUCGAAGCUAUUGUUCUUGAAGCCCAACGUCAUCCCAACUCAUCCGUUGGCUUCUGCUUCGACGAGAUACCAAAAAAUGCAUCGACAGUCAUUUCGAACCAGGUUAAGCGGACAUGGGGAGAUUUCGAGAUUGCAAUUGAUCGGUGCUUUGUCUUUGGAAAGCCAGGACCAGGGGCAGGUAUGGUAAUUCAUCGAGGAGGCGGCAAGUUUUUGUUGAUAGGGUGGGGGUUCCAUGUUAGGGCGAAAAGCUUAUUGCAAAGCUCAACUUUCACGGGCAUCCUCAAAGUGGAGGAAAAGGCUGUCGAUGAUGAGGCAACUGGCCGCUUACGGACAGUGCGUAUCUUGAAUGGGGAUGAGACUAGGAGUGGCAGCUUCGCGAUGAUGCCUAAUGAGGACCCUGACUAUGGUGGCUUUCCCAUAUCUGUCACUGUCCCAGCAAGGACGAUGAUUGCUGAGGUAGAGUUCUACUCCAUUUCCGAAUAG